AUGUUUCCAAUCCACCAUAUACUUCAAAAGCUAACAUUAAGAAAAUCCAGAGGUGUUUUCAUAAUCUUUGGGUUAAUACUAAUCCAUGUCCUCAUCAUAUCAUAUAUACAACUAACACCUAUCAAGCAGUUCAUAUCAUCCGCCGUCAAUCUAUCAAAACUUCGAAAAGUACUACAAGGGCAAGAUAGCUUUAAAGACCUUGCUGAAUUUGACAUGCAAGUGGUGGAGCUAAUAACAAACCAAGAAAAGCUUCUUAAAUUACAAACUGUUGAUGGAACGUUUGAUGAUAAGACACAGAUGCAGAUUGACAUUGCUGAACAAGUCUUGAAGGAGAUCACGUUUACCAAUGACAAGUCAUUUGAAGUUAUCAAUAUCCCACCAAGAGACCAGAUACCUCAAUUUCAGAACUAUGACCCUCGUUUCACGUUUGGGUUAUUGUUGAAACACAUCAAUGACAUGGCCAAUAACAACAACAACAACAAGAACAACAACAACAAGAACAACAACAACAAGAACAACAACAACAACAAUAACAAUAUAACCAUUCCUUUUUUCCACUGGGCAGACUACACUGACAUGUCAAUAAUGGAGCAAUACUUGUUCAAUCCAGAGAAACAGAGUUGCAAACACUUUGAUGCCACAAUCGAUCCAGACACAAACAAAGCCCAAAGGAUAUAUGAAACCAAGAACUAUUGUGUUGACGAUGCCGAGAUUGAUCGAAUUUUGCAAGAUGAAGAAGCACAAAAACCGUAUAGUCCUGAAGUUAUUGCUUCAUUUCAAAGAAUCAAACAAGAACGUGAAUUGUCGCCGUUCUUGACUACUGGAUUCCACAUUUAUGAUAAUGCUGGACGAAACAAACGUGAACUCCGCUCCAUUCUCGCUCGUUCGUAUCUUUACGAUUUCAUGCCCUUGCCAUUGACAUUGACCCUUUUAUUGCCAGGAGAUAAAUCAGUGCAAUACAACGUCAAUACCAAUGAUCGUCGGAAAUUGCGCGACUCAGAGUUGUUGAAAGAAGGUGAGCUCAACAUCAAGGAUGAAAUUGCAUCACUUGCUAACAAAUUGUCCCCCAUGGAGGGAGGAUUACCAUACCAGAAGCAUCUCGCGGAGGACCACUUUGUUGACAAGACUAGUCGUAAUAUCUUGACAUUGGAAUCACAAACAUCGCCACUCAACCAAACUGAUCAAAGUUAUUUAAACUCACUCCGUACAUCAUUGCAUACUAAAGAUGCACCAAAAUAUUUCUAUGAAGCAAACAUUUUGAAAAGUGAGCCUAAAUUUGUACUAGGUGGUCAUUACGAUUGGAGAUUCAUCAAUGGAAUUAUCAAUGACACCCCACAACAAGAAGUCUCUAUCAAUGGAUUACUCAAGGCGUUCCUCAGACUCACAAAUCAAUACAAUAUCAAUACUUGGAUAGCUCAUGGGUCAUUAUUGUCAUGGUAUUGGAACGGGCUACAAUUUCCAUGGGAUGCUGAUAUCGAUGUUCAAAUGCCAAUUCAAGAUUUACACAAGCUAUCGCAAUUGUUUAACCAAUCAGUUAUAGUUGAUUUUGGCAACGACCUCUCAAGUGAAUUGAGAUUUGGUCGAUACUACUUGGACUCAUCGACAUUUAUUUCACAUAGAGCAAGAGGACAAGGCUUGAAUAACAUCGAUGCCCGAUUUGUUGAUUUGGACACUGGGUUGUACGUGGAUAUAACUGCAUUGGCACUAAGUGACGAACCAGCACCUGCCAGGUAUAAUGAUUUAUUGGUAAACACUGAAUUUGAUCGCAACAAAAACGAUGCAUCUAUAAGUCAAAUUGAUCGUAAUGCAUUUUUACAAGUUUACAAUUGUCGUAACAAGCACUUUUCACAGCUUCACGAACUAAGUCCACUUCGAUUAAGUUCGAUCCAGGGUGGGUACGGGUAUAUCCCACCUGGGUUUGAGAGUAUGCUUCUUGUGGAGUAUCAAGAAAAGGGUAUUGCUAGCACGGUGUAUCGCGAUCGUGUCUACUUGCCCAAACUACGUCAAUGGGUUUAUGACAAACCCAUUACCGAUUUCGUUCAAGCGAAUUUGGCCACGUAUGACGAUAAUGAUAAGGAAGAUGAUACAAACCCCAAAAUGAAGACAGUGAAGGAGGGGAAAAUUGAAGUCAAGACUUUUAAUUUGACAAAUGAAGAGUAUAUUGAUUACAUGUAUCAAAAUGAUUCAGUCUUGCGCGAAUUUAUGGCUUCUUAUAAAGUCACCGCACUACACAAUAUCGAGAUACAAACUUUAUUGGAGAAUCAAUCAACAAAGUAUCUUUUCACUAGUGGUGAUGGUGAUGGUGAUGGUGAUGGUGAUGGUGAUGAUAACGUGUUGAGUGAGGAUGCGAUACGAGCCAAUUUACAAUUGGAUCAUUUCAUCUACCAAACGAGACAUGCUGAAGGUGGAUACGAUUUUGAAAAUGAGAUGCAAAGAUUGAGAAACAAGAUUACAGAAGCUGAAGCUGCAUGGAAGGGGGUGCAAGGCAAUCAAUCUGGAUAA